UUAGAGUUCAGAAACUACCAAGUUUUAAGAGUCAGAAAGAGCUAAAACUAAAUUACAGAGAGAGAAAGAAAUGGGUAAGGGAGGGAUGUCUCAUGGGGAAAUCAAAGAUGGAGAAGAAGAAAACAUGGCUGCCUGGCUUCUUGGUGUCAACAAUCUCAAGAUUCAACCUUUCACUCUCCCACCUCUUGGACCUCAUGAUGUUAGAGUAAGGAUGAAAGCUGUUGGCAUAUGUGGUAGUGAUGUUCACUACCUCAAGACCCUGAGAUGUGCAGAUUUCAUUGUUAAAGAGCCCAUGGUGAUCGGCCAUGAGUGCGCCGGAAUCAUAGAAGAAGUUGGGAGUGGAGUGACGACCCUUGUGCCUGGUGACCGCGUUGCACUUGAGCCUGGAAUCAGCUGCUGGAGGUGUGACCUUUGCAAAGAAGGUCGAUACAAUCUAUGCCCAGAGAUGAAGUUUUUUGCUACUCCACCUAUUCAUGGUUCUCUUGCCAAUCAGGUAGUGCAUCCAGCAGACCUAUGUUUUAAGCUGCCAGACAAUGUCAGCUUGGAGGAAGGGGCAAUGUGUGAACCCUUAAGUGUGGGUGUCCAUGCUUGUCGCCGAGCCAAUAUCGGUCCAGAGACGAAUGUUUUGAUCAUGGCAGCUGGACCAAUUGGCCUGGUCACGAUGCUGGCUGCUCGUGCUUUUGGGGCUCCCAGAAUUGUUAUUGUCGAUGUGGAUGACCAUCGUUUAUCAGUUGCCAAGGAUCUUGGUGCAGAUGAUACUGUCAAAGUUUCAACAAAUGUUCAGGAUAUAAAUGAAGAAGUGACUCAGAUACACAAAGCCAUGAUCGGUGGAGUGGAUGUUAGUUUUGACUGUGCAGGCUUUAACAAAACCAUGUCAACAGCCCUGAGUGCCACUCGUGCAGGUGGCAAAGUGUGCCUUGUGGGAAUGGGCCACAGUGAGAUGACUGUUCCACUCACUCCAGCUGCUGCAAGGGAAGUUGAUGUUAUUGGUAUCUUCCGGUACAAGAACACAUGGCCACUAUGCCUCGAGUUUCUAAGGAGUGGUAAGAUUGAUGUGAAGCCCCUUAUAACUCACCGGUUUGGAUUUACUCAGAGAGAGGUGGAAGAAGCUUUCGAAACUAGUGCUCGUGGUGGCACUGCCAUUAAGGUCAUGUUUAAUCUGUAGUUGUUAAUACUUGAGCAAAGCAAUAAAUCUUUUUACACAUUUCAACCAAGUACGAUGCUCUUAUGAUCCUUUAAUAUACGCUUUGGAUAGAAAUCAAUGAUUGCUGGAGAAUUGAUGACUAUUCUCUACGUAGUUUGAGAAAGGACGUGUGUGUACUACUAAUACAAAUAAUCAGAUUGUCUACUUUUUAUA